GGUUAUAUAGAAGGAUAGGACAAAGAUAAGUAAGUGGGAAGUGGUAACCGACACAGCAGAAAUGAUAUGAUGGGUUGUGGCGGUGCAUUCUCAGUGUGGCUGCCAGUGUUUGUGUCUUGUUUUACAGCAAUAGCAUUGGCUGGGACUGGGUGCGAUAAGGCACCGGUGGUGUUCGUGUUCGGCGAUUCGAACUCGGACACGGGUGGACUCGCUUCCGGUCUGGGUUUCCCUAUCAAUCUUCCCAAUGGCCGCAAUUUCUUUCACAGAUCCACUGGCCGCUUGUCCGAUGGACGCCUCGUCAUCGACCUACUCUGCCAAAGUUUGAAUGCAAGUUUGUUGGUACCAUAUUUGGACGCCUUGUCUGGAACCUCAUUCACAAAUGGAGCAAACUUUGCAGUGGUGGGGUCCUCUACUCUCCCAAAAUAUGUUCCUUUCUCCCUCAAUAUACAGGUCAUGCAGUUCCGGCGUUUCAAAGCUCGUUCCCUUGAACUUGUUACCACAGGUACAAGAAAUUUGAUCAAUGAUGAAGGCUUCCACGGUGCACUCUACUUGAUUGAUAUUGGGCAAAACGACCUUGCUGAUUCAUUUGCCAAAAAUCUGUCAUAUGUGCAAGUCAUCAAGAAGAUCCCAGUAGUUAUAACUGAAAUUGAGAAUGCUGUUAAGAGUUUAUAUAAUGAAGGUGCCAGGAAAUUUUGGGUUCACAAUACUGGGCCGUUGGGCUGUCUUCCAAAAGUACUUGCACUGGCUCAGAAGAAGGAUCUAGAUUCAUUGGGAUGUCUUUCUAGUUAUAACUCUGCAGCAAGAUUGUUUAAUGAAGCCCUGCUUCAUUCAAGUCAGAAACUAAGAUCUGAACUUAAGGAUGCUACUUUAGUCUAUGUUGAUAUUUAUGCCAUUAAGUAUGAUCUCAUCACAAAUGCCGCGAAAUAUGGUUUCUCAAAUCCGUUGAUGGUAUGUUGCGGUUAUGGAGGACCACCUUACAAUUUUGAUGUAAGGGUGACAUGUGGUCAACCUGGUUAUCAGGUUUGUGAUGAAGGGGCUCGGUAUGUGAGCUGGGAUGGAAUUCAUCAAACUGAGGCUGCAAAUACAUUGAUAGCUUCUAAGAUACUUUCCAUGGCUUAUUCCACACCACGGAUUCCUUUUGAUUUCUUCUGCCACCACUGAUUAUGCACGGUUAGUUCAUUAGUUGUUGGUUUACCAUCAAUAUGUAGUUCUCCAAGAACAGAGUUUGUCAUGUAGUAACACCCAUGCUGAAGUUCUAAAAAAUUAGGGGGUCCUAUGUUGCCAGAAAUUGUAUUUUUCUUUGCCAAUGGGGAUGUAUGUUGUAUUAUGUAAACAAUUGAUGACUCAAACGAAUGCAUUUUUGGCCUGUUUUAGAAAUUUGGACUGGUAAUGGAAUAACUGCUGUGAAAGUACUUGCUUACA